AUGUCCACCGCCAACCCUCCGGCUCCGGGCGAGAUUCUUCAACAAGCCUCCGCCUUCCUCUCCGAAGUACUCUCUCAAUCAGACCUCCGCCACCGUCUCUUCUCCACCUUCCUCCUUAAACUCCCAUCAUCAGAUGAAACCACUCUAAAACCACUAAAGCUCGCCUCUGAAACACUUGAAAAUGCCCUAACCACAACUAACCCUUCAAUUAAAUCUUCGUCUCUCCGGCUAGCGGAAAAGCUCCUCUUGUCUUACCCCAAAACCGCGUUUUCCUCAUUCCUUUUGUCCCUAAUUUAUUCUUUGUUUAACCGUCCCAUUCAGGCCGCCGUUAACCUGUUCGAUGUAUUUCAGACUAUCCCUUCGUUGGCAAGAUUGGAAAUUGCACCCGUCCUGUUUGAAGAAUUGUUUCUGAUUCAUUUUCUCCCUGUUCUGGAAUGGUACAAUGAACAGAGGACAUCAAUUUUGGCCAAUGUAACGCAGCGUUUGGCUUCUUCAGGUUAUGAUAGCGAUGAUCAGUCGGUGGUUGUAUCCCCGACAAGGUUGCUGAACAAUAUGAACGGGAAUCAAGCCGAGGAAUUGAAAGAUUUAGAGAGGGAUUAUGAGAAUAUCCUUGAUGAGAACUGCAAGGUUUUUGCUGCGUACUUUAGGGAAUCUUUGCAAGUUAAAGAUGGAAAUCAAAACAUUGAUGUACCAGCGUUGGUGUUACAGAGAAAAGAAAGUGAUAGAGUUGAGUACUGUGGGCUUCAGAAGAUGAAAACACACUACAGCAUUAAAAACCGACGGUAUAAUCCAAUAUGGGUGGAAGAUGAUCAACCAGUUGAAAUUAACAACAGCAACGGAGACAAAAACCUUUCCAAGUUUCCAUCUUUUGUACCAGAAAGAGUCUCUCCACAAGUGCUGACAAAGCGAGGAUCAUCAAAGAAAUCUAAAUCAUCCCUAAAUUACAACUUGGAUUCUGAGCUGGAGUCUUUUUCAAAUGAAUAUUUGAGCAACUGUUACCUGUCAGACUCUGAAGCAGAACAAGAGGAAAACUUGGAACACUUUGCAUCUUUUACCUCUAGGCAGAGCCGAACCAUGGUACAACAACAGCCCGAUUUUACAGAAUCUAGCAGUUUUCCAGAUCUACCAAUGGAAGACAUUGACAAUCUGCCUGAUGCCUCAAAGCUUACUCCCCCAAAAGACUUCGUCUGUCCCAUAACCACUCAUAUUUUUGUUGAUCCUGUGACCCUUGAAACUGGUCAGACUUAUGAACGGAAAGCUAUUCAGGAAUGGAUUGAUAGAGGGAAUUCUACUUGCCCAAUUACACGCCAGACACUUCAAAGCACCACCUUACCAAAGACAAAUUAUGUGUUAAAACGUCUCAUUGCCAGCUGGCUAGAAUUGAAUCCUGGUGCAAAUCCUAAACAAUCUGAAAUCCCGCAGAUAGAAAAUCAUCCAAAGCUCAGUCCAGUUAGGCGUGCUUCUUCCCCGAACUGUGUCAUAAGUCAAGCCAGUAUGGAGGGGAAGGUUUCUCAGCUGCGCAUUGCAAUAACUAACCUCUGUACAUCAGAAGUUUUGGAGAAUUCUGAAAUGGCAGUUCUUGAAAUAGAGAGGAUUUGGCAGGAAGCCCAUAUGGUGGAUGUGGAUCUUCAGAAUAUGAUGUCAAAACCUGCAGUGAUCAGUGGUUUUAUGGAGGUUCUGUUCAAUUCUGUUGAUCCUCAAGUCCUAAGUGCAACUGUUUUUCUUUUAGCUGAACUUGGGUUAAGAGAUCAUAGUGUUAUCCAGACACUGACAAGAGUUGAUUCUGAUGUGCAAUGUAUUGCCUCUCUUUUCAGGAGAGGAUUGUUGGAGGCUGUUGUUCUGGUUUAUUUAUUAAGACCUUCCGCAAUAAGUCUUGUAGAAAUGGACAUAGUUGAUUCUCUUUUAACAGUUCUCAAAACAAGAGAGGAGGAUUUACUGAGAAUGUGCGUGAAACCAAAAACAGCUUCACUUUUUCUGCUUGAUCAGCUUCUGAAGAGUGGUGAGGACAUACAGGCAUCUGAAUUUGCAAGGGUUUUGGUUUCUGAAAAUGCAAUUGAAAGCAUUAUGGAAAGCUUAGAAGCUGAAUCCAGGGAGGAAAAGAUUUUAGCAAUGUCUAUUUUAUAUAGAUGCAUCCUGGAAGAUGGAAACUGCAGGGAUAGGAUUGCUGACCAAGCUGAAUUACGUUCUCUUUUGGACAGCAUGAUUGGAGCAAAUGGUGAAGAGGUCUUUGAGAUAGUUCAGUUUCUAUCUGAAUUAGUCAAAUUGGAAAGAAGGACCUUUAACGAACAGAUUUUACAUAUCAUAAGGGAUGAAGGUAAUUUCAGUACAAUGCAUAUGCUUCUCACCCAUCUACAGGUUUUACCCCCCGAAAAGUCUCCUGUUGUAGCUGGUCUGCUCCUCCAACUUGAUCUUCUGGUGGAACCCAGAAAAAUGAGUAUAUUCCGGGAGGAGGCAAUAGAUACAUUGAUUGCAUGCCUCCAGAAUGUAGAUUGUCCUUCUUCUCAAGUAGCUGCUGCAGAGAUCAUUGUUUCCCUACAGGGAAGAUUUUCUGAUACUGGAGAACCUCUGGUCAGGGCUUUACUAAUUAGACGUACAGGGCUAUACAGAAGUAAAUCCCGUAUAAAGAGAGAUCACCGUGCAAGCAUGUCCGAUGAGACUCAAGAAAACAAGGAGGAAGAGAAAUCUGCAGAGGAAUGGGAGUGGAGGAUGGCUUGUGCUUUAGUCAGCCAUGAAUUCGGUUUAAUAUUUGAAGCCCUUGCAGAUGGCUUGAGAAGUAGAAGUGCAGAGCUUUAUUCUGCAUGCUUUGUUGCAGCCACAUGGCUUGUGUACAUGCUUACCAUUCUUCCAGAUACAGGGGUGCAAGGAGCUGCACGCGGAUGCUUGCUGAAGCUUUUUGUGUCAAUUUUUAAGUCCGCAAAGGACAAUGAAGAUAAAGCCCUAUCGAUGCUUGCAUUGAGCAGCUUUUGCAGUGACUCAGAGGGACUACAUGACAUGGCUGGCUACAUGAAGGAUAUUUUGAAGGGCUUGAGAGAGCUCAAGAAGUCUUCCCCUUAUGCAGUUAAGAUGCUAAAAUUACUGUCAGAGGAGAAUGAAUCUAGCGUUGAUAUGUGGAAUCAUAAAGAAAUAAUUCAUGGGGAUUGCAGCGCAAAUGGAGAAGUUCUAUCUAUUGUUUGCUUCAAAGAAAAAAUUUACUCUGGUCAUUCUGAUGGUACACUAAAGGUCUGGAUCAUUAAGAAUGGAAGUCUACAUCUGAUACAAGAAGCACAAGAGCACACCAAAGCCGUUACUAGCCUAACAAUACUGAACUCAGUUGAAAGAUUAUACAGCGGUUCACUAGAUCGGACUGUGAGGGUCUGGUCAAUUCAUGGAAAAGUCAUGCACUGUGAACAAGUUUACGAAAUGAAGGAUCACAUUAACAAUUUGGUCAUUUCAAAUAGCAUCUCGUGCUUCAUUCCUCAAGGGGCUGGCAUCAAGGUGCAUUCUUGGAGUGGAGCAUCAAAGUUGCUGAAUCAACAGAAAUAUGUGAAGUGUUUGAGCCUAGUUCAUGGGAAGUUGUACUGUGGAUGCCUUGAUAGUAGCAUUCAGGAAGUCGAUUUGGCGACCGGGACAAUCAGCACCAUUCAAAGUGGCUCUAGAAAACUGCUAAGUAAAUCAAACCCCAUACAUGCGUUGCAAGCCAGUGAUGGACUGCUCUACUCGGCUAGUUCUCCAUUGGACGGAGCUACUGUAAAGAUAUGGAGGACAUCAGAUUACAGCAUGGUCGGUUCACUGCCAUCAACAUCUGAAGUGCGGUCGAUGGCCUUAAGCACAGAUCUCCUAUAUUUGGGGUGUAAAGGAGGUCUAGUAGAAGUUUGGUGUAAAAAGAAGCACAGUAAAGUUGAGGCACUCCAUGCUGGUACAAACAGCAAAGUUCUUUGCAUGGCUCUCACAAGCAAUGAAGAUGUUCUGUUCAUUGGAACAUCUGAUGGAAAGAUUCAGGCAUGGGAACUGAGUUGA